GCCGGGCAAGAGGAAGACCUCCAGAAGCUCCCCGCGCUGCGCGGCUGUGUUUGCGGCCUGUGCGAGUAGGCGCUUCGGCACCAGUCUCCCGGCGAGCUGCGCCGAGAAACCUCGAACGGGUGGACCCCACUCGUAACCUGGAGCUCGGAACACCGCGAAGACCGUACUGUUUCCUCAGCGGCGGGAGUCUAUCCUGAAUUUAGAUCGUGUACAUUUUGGGAACUUAUUUUAGAAAAGAUCUAAGUUUUAAAAAUUCUCAAUGGACAGACAGAGAAAAGAGGGUCUUUGCCAACUCCUUUGGACCGCUGCAGUAAGAAUGUCUUUCCCCCCUCAUUUGAAUCGCCCUCCCAUGGGAAUCCCAGCACUCCCGCCAGGGAUCCCGCCCCCACAGUUUCCUGGUUUUCCUCCACCUGUACCUCCAGGGACCCCAAUGAUUCCUGUACCAAUGAGCAUUAUGGCUCCUGCUCCAACUGUUUUAGUACCAACUGUGUCCAUGGUUGGAAAGCAUUUGGGAGCAAGAAAGGAUCACCCAGGCUUAAAGGCUAAAGAAAAUGAUGAAAAUUGUGGUCCCACUACUACAGUUUUUGUUGGCAACAUUUCUGAGAAAGCCUCAGACAUGCUUAUAAGACAGCUGCUUGCUAAAUGUGGUUUGGUUUUAAGCUGGAAGAGAGUACAAGGUGCAUCUGGAAAACUUCAAGCCUUUGGCUUCUGUGAGUAUAAGGAACCUGAGUCUACCCUCCGUGCACUCAGGUUAUUGCAUGACCUGCAGAUUGGAGAAAAGAAGCUCCUUGUUAAAGUUGAUGCAAAGACAAAGGCACAACUAGAUGAAUGGAAAGCAAAGAAGAAAGCUUCUAAUGGGAAUGCGAGGCCAGAAACUGUCACUAAUGAUGAUGAAGAAGCAUUAGAUGAAGAAACAAAGAGAAGAGAUCAGAUGAUCAAAGGGGCCAUUGAAGUUUUAAUACGAGAAUACUCUAGUGAGCUCAAUGCCCCCUCACAAGAAUCUGACUCUCACCCCAGGAAGAAGAAGAAGGAGAAGAAGGAGGACAUUUUCCGCAGAUUUCCAGUGGCCCCACUGAUCCCUUACCCACUCAUCACUAAGGAGGAUAUAAAUGCUAUAGAAAUGGAAGAAGACAAAAGAGAUCUGAUAUCCCGAGAGAUCAGCAAAUUCAGAGACACACACAAGAAACUGGAAGAAGAGAAAGGCAAAAAGGAGAAAGAAAGACAGGAAAUUGAGAAAGAACGGAGAGAAAGAGAGAGGGAGCGUGAAAGGGAACGAGAAAGGCGAGAACGGGAACGAGAAAGGGAAAGAGAACGUGAACGAGAAAAAGAGAAAGAACGGGAGCGGGAACGAGAACGAGAUAGGGAUCGUGACCGGACAAAAGAAAGAGACCGUGACCGGGACCGAGAGAGAGACCGGGACCGCGAUCGGGAAAGGAGCUCGGAUCGGAAUAAGGAUCGGAGUCGAUCAAGAGAAAAGAGCAGAGAUCGUGAAAGGGAACGGGAGCGAGAAAGAGAGAGAGAGAGAGAACGGGAACGAGAAAGAGAACGAGAGCGAGAGAGAGAGCGAGAAAGGGAACGGGAACGAGAGAGAGAGAAAGACAAGAAGCGCGACCGAGAAGAAGAUGAAGAAGAUGCUUACGAACGAAGGAAACUUGAAAGAAAACUCCGAGAAAAAGAAGCUGCUUACCAAGAGCGCCUUAAGAAUUGGGAAAUCAGAGAACGGAAGAAAACCCGGGAGUAUGAGAAAGAGGCCGAAAGAGAAGAAGAAAGAAGAAGAGAAAUGGCAAAAGAAGCUAAAAGACUAAAAGAAUUCUUAGAAGAUUAUGAUGAUGAUAGAGAUGAUCCCAAAUAUUACAGAGGAAGCGCUCUUCAGAAAAGGUUGCGUGAUAGGGAAAAGGAAAUGGAAGCUGAUGAACGGGAUAGGAAGAGAGAGAAGGAAGAGCUAGAGGAAAUCAGGCAGCGCCUUCUGGCUGAAGGGCACCCAGAUCCAGAUGCAGAGCUCCAAAGGAUGGAACAAGAGGCUGAAAGGCGCAGACAACCACAAAUAAAGCAAGAACCUGAAUCAGAGGAAGAAGAAGAAGAAAAGCAAGAAAAAGAAGAAAAACGAGAGGAACCCAUGGAAGAGGAGGAAGAGCCGGAGCAAAAGCCCUGUCUCAAACCAACUCUGAGGCCCAUCAGUUCUGCCCCAUCUGUUUCCUCUGCCAGUGGCAAUGCAACCCCCAACACUCCUGGGGAUGAGUCUCCAUGUGGUAUUAUUAUUCCUCAUGAAAAUUCACCAGAUCAACAACAACCGGAGGAACAUAGGCCAAAAAUAGGACUAAGUCUUAAACUGGGUGCUUCCAAUAGUCCUGGUCAACCUAAUUCUGUGAAGAGAAAGAAACUCCCCGUAGAUAGUGUCUUUAACAAAUUUGAGGACGAAGACAGUGAUGAUGUACCCCGAAAAAGGAAACUGGUUCCCUUGGAUUAUGGUGAAGAUGAUAAAAAUGCUGCCAAAGGCACUGUAAACACUGAAGAAAAGCGCAAACACAUUAAGAGUCUCAUUGAGAAAAUUCCUACAGCCAAACCUGAGCUCUUUGCUUAUCCCUUGGAUUGGUCUAUUGUGGAUUCUAUAUUGAUGGAACGACGGAUUAGACCAUGGAUUAAUAAGAAAAUUAUAGAAUACAUAGGUGAAGAAGAAGCUACAUUAGUUGAUUUUGUUUGUUCUAAGGUUAUGGCUCAUAGUUCACCUCAGAGCAUUUUAGAUGACGUUGCCAUGGUACUUGAUGAAGAAGCAGAAGUUUUUAUAGUCAAAAUGUGGAGAUUAUUGAUAUAUGAAACAGAAGCCAAGAAAAUUGGUCUUGUGAAGUAAAACUCUUUUUACCUUUAGAGUUCUGUUUCAAUUUUCUUCUUCUUUCCCACCUUUCAGAGGACUUUGGCUUUUUCUUUGUCUUCAAAGACAUUUGUGAGAUCUGUAAUUUUUUUUUUAAUGUAGAAAAUGUGAAUUUUUUUUGUCCUCUAAUUUGUUGAUGCCCUGUGUACUCCCUUGGUUGUAAAGACAUCUGAAUCCUGCCUUGGUUCUCUUUAUACUCACCAGGUACAGAUUACUGGUAUGUUUUAUAAGCCGCAGCUACUGUAUACAGCCUAUCUGAUAUAAUCUUGUUCUGCUGAUUUAUUUCUUGUAAAUAUUAAAAUGACUCCCCAA